AUGAAGCUCGCGUGCGCUUCCAUCGUAGGUCUCCUGGCCACACAGUUGGCGGCACUCGCUGUACCCAGCCAGGAUUUCGGCCAUUUCAAAAUCACUGAGCAUCGCGAUCCUGAGAAACGGGCUUUGUUGCAAGAUCUGGUCACAUGGGACAAGACAUCGAUGUUCGUGCGUGGAGAGCGGCUGAUGAUCUUCAGCGGGGAAUUCCACCCGUUCAGGCUUCCGGUUCCCUCGUUGUGGCUCGACGUCCUCCAGAAAGUCAAAGCUCUUGGAUUCAAUUGUGUGUCGUUCUAUGUCGACUGGGCUCUUCUCGAAGGCAAGCAUGGGAACUAUACGGCAGGAGGCAUUUUCGCCCUUGAACCAUUCUUUGAAGCCGCCACCUCGGCUGGACUAUACCUCCUUGCUCGACCUGGGCCUUACAUAAACGCCGAGGCUUCAGGCGGUGGAUUUCCAGGGUGGCUUCAAAGGGUGAAAGGCACACUGAGGACCUCCGAUCCAAGCUAUAUCGAAGCAACCGAGAAUUACAUGAGUCAUGUCGCUGGCACAAUUGCCGAAGCUCAAAUUACAAAUGGCGGACCGAUCAUACUGUAUCAGCCAGAGAACGAAUACUCGAAAUUCUGCUGCGGUAUUGACGGACCUGAUGGCAAUUACAUGCAAAUAGUCGAGGACCAAGCCCGUGAUGCAGGGGUAGUGGUACCAUUCCUAAGCAACGACGGGGCCCCGAAUGGCUAUAACACUCCGGGCACGGGUGAGGGGUCCGUGGACAUCUAUGGACAUGAUAACUACCCGCUUGGAUUUGAUUGCGCGAACCCUACCAUAUGGCCGGCAGGGCAGCUUCCUACGGAUUACUGGCAAAGACAUCUUCGACAAAGUCCAUCGACACCUUACAGCAUUCCAGAAUUACAGGGCGGUAGCUUCGACCCUUGGGGCGGGCCUGGGUUCCAAAAGUGUGGUGUCCUCGUCGGUAGCGAAUUCGAGAGGGUUUUCUACAAGAAUUAUAUCAGCUUUGGCAUCAAGUUCUUGAAUCUCUACAUGAUCUACGGCGGCACGAACUGGGGCAAUCUCGGUCAUCCAAAUGGUUAUACUUCUUACGACUACGCCGCCGCCAUUGCUGAAGGCCGCCAGGUCGACCGGGAGAAAUAUAGUCAGCUGAAGUUGAUUGGUAGUUUUGUAAAGGCCUCGCCAGCAUACCUCGAUGCGGACCCUUUGCACAACUCCACUACACUUUAUACCGACAGCAAAGACCUCCUCGUUACCCCGCUCAUGAGCAACAGUAGCGUGACGACCUUUUAUGUCUUGAGGCACGCCAAUUAUACGAGUCAAGCCAGCACGUCAUACAAACUGAUACUGCGUACGAGUGCUGGCAACAUCACAGUUCCACAAUCUGGAGGCACCCUAGCUCUCCAUGGACGAGAUUCCAAAGUUCAUGUGACUGAUUAUGAUAUCAAUGGAACAAAUGUUCUCUACUCGACUGCAGAGAUAUUCACCUGGAAAGACUUUGGUCAAAAGAAAGUACUGCUGGUAUAUGGCGGUCCAGGUGAACACCACGAGAUUUCAAUCUCCUCGGCGUCUACGCCUUCAUUGGUUGAAGGACCAGAAGCUGGAGUCACAAUGAAAUGCGGCUCGCAAGCUGUUGUUGCCUGGGACACCGCACCUCAACGCCGCAUUGUCAAGGUGGAUAAUUUGGAGAUAUUCAUACUUGAUCGAAAUUCGGCGUACAACUAUUGGGUGCCAGAGUUAUCUAGCAAUUCACAAACUGCAGGCUUUAGUUCUAAGGAGACAACUGCCGGGUCCAUCAUCGUCAAAGCAGGCUAUCUGGUCAGAGGUGCAUACCUCGAAGGCAGCAACUUAUAUUUGGCCGCUGAUUUUAAUGCUACCACCCCAAUUGAGGUGAUUGGAGUACCAAAUUCGGCGAACGCACUCUUUGUCAAUGGACAGCCAUCACAAUACACUACAAGCAGCAAUGGCGAUUGGGCUACAACCGUCACCUGGGCGGAUCCAAAAUUCACCUUGCCUACUCUGAGCAGCCUCGACUGGAAGUACGUCGACACUCUUCCUGAAAUUCAACCUGGCUAUGAUGAUUGGCUCUGGCCUUUCGCUGACCUCACGACGACGAAUAAUACCUGGCGCGACUUGACGACGCCCACGUCCCUCUAUGCGAGUGACUAUGGCUUCCAUAGCGGCUCCCUUCUCUAUCGUGGCCAUUUCGUUUCGCAAGGGAACGAAUCGAUUCUUUAUAUCAACACUCGCGGAGGAAAGGCCUAUGGACAUUCGAUAUGGCUCAACCAGACAUUUGUUGGUUCGUGGGCUGGUGUUAGCACCCAAAACAACACGAAUGUCACAUAUAACUUGCCUCCUCUGCAAGCUGGCAAGGCAUAUGUUUUCAGCAUCCUAAUCGACCAUAUGGGUUACGACGAGAGUGGGUUCAUUGGUAGCGAUUUAAUGAAGACUCCGCGUGGUAUCUUGGACUAUUCUCUUGCUGGACAAGAGAAGACUGCGAUCACCUGGAAGUUGACCGGCAAUCUCGGUGGCGAAGAUUAUCGAGACAGAACCCGUGGGCCGCUGAACGAGGGAGGAAUGUACGCAGAGAGGCAGGGGUGGCAUUUGCCAAAUCCUCCUAGCCAGAACUGGGAGUCGCGCAGCCCUUUCGACGGCGUCUCAGAAGCUGGGGUAGGCUUCUUCAGUACGCAAUUCGACCUCGAUAUUCCGGCAGGUUGGGAUGUGCCGUUGUCUUUUAAGUUCGGUAACAGCACUCAGCCUCCAGCGCAAUAUCGGGUGCAGUUUUACAUCAACGGCUUCCAAUAUGGGAAAUACGUCAACCACAUCGGACCUCAGACGACUUUUCCAGUUCCACAGGGCGUGUUAAACUACAAGGGCACCAAUUGGUUGGCAUUGACGUUGUGGGCGCACCAGCCUGAAGGAGCGAAACUGGAGAUUUUCCGGCUUGAGAGCGACACGCCCGUUAUGUCAGCUCUAGGCAAGGUGGACUUCGUGGGUGAGUCGGGGUAUUCUCCCAGAGAAGGUGCUUACUAG